AUGAAUUGAAACCUGAAUUUGAUAAUUUGGUUAAUGCAGCAAAACUAUUUUCGCCAGGAGACCAUUAUGUUUAUAUUGAUAUAAGAAAUAAUGAAGUCUUUCGGGGUCCACCUAACAAAACAACAAAUGCCAAACAUCCUGGUCCAACUAGAUCACUUACUAUGUCACCAACUAUAAGAAAUUCAGAUGACCAAAAUUAUAAAGAGCUAACUAUACAUGGUGCUAAAAAAGAAAGUGAAACUAUCCCUGGAG